AUUUACAAAAUUCCAAGCUAUAGGUAUUUAUUGCAAAUAACAAUAUCUUGCAUAACAGGAAAACACUAUUUGAUUGAUGCUGGAUACCUUAUGCAGAGGGGCUAUCUGAAGCCAUAUCCAGACACUAGGUAUCGAUUUCUGAUUUUGAGCAAGCAAGUGGCACUAUCCGUGGUAGGAAAGAAAUUUUUAACAAAAGCCACUCUUUACGUGGGGUAAUUGAAAGAACGUUUGGGGGUUGGAAGAAGAAAUGGAUAAACCUAUGUGAUAUGCCGUCAUAUCCAUUUCAGAAGCAGGUGCAUAUUGUGGUGGGAACAAUGACAAUUCAUAACUUCAUACGACGACACCCUUCACGUUCAGAUACGGACUUUAGUAUAGCUUAUAACGAAGACCUGACUGUCAAUGAAGAACCAUCAGAAAUCAUGAUCGGGCUUUCAGUUCCUGAGGAUGAAAAUGAAUUUAAUGAAUUUGAAGUUCAUGACACGGAAGGUGUGGUUGAGAUGGCUGCUCUGAGGGAGAUGCUAUAUAUGAAAGCUAGUCCAGCAAGUCUUUCUUUUCUUCAUAUAUAUUUAUACAAAUAUGACUUUCAGGAUAUCAGUUACAAACAGAGGUAUUUUGUGUUAUUGUGGACUAUCGUCUCCGUUGCUCACAUCGCGUCAGUCUCAUAGCGUUGGGAGGCAGUUCUACGAUUGUGCCAAGCGUGUUUCAGCUCGUUGUGGUUUCUUCCGAUGGGCUAACAGUCCCAUCUAUUACACUACCAGUAGUCAUGGGAAUCCGAUGUUUUCCCAUGUUGAUAGUGCAGCUGUGGACAAGCAUAGCCAGAGUUUGAAAUUAAAUAUUUUAAUAUUUCUUAUUGUAGUUGUACUUGUCUUUGUCUCUUUUUUAUUUCGUCUGGUACUCACGAGAGUGUGAGAACUGUAUGUCACUUUUGGAACUGAUCUGUGAUGAUUGUAUG